UUUGAAUCAAUCUGCCGCACCAUCGGCUCCGUGCUGAUGGCCAUCGUCAACGGCAUAGGCGCCAUCUUCACCGCCAUCAUCAACGGCAUCGUCUCGCUCUUUGACAUUGUCAUCUCCUGCCUCACCUGCAACCGUUACCACCGAAGACACCGUAGGACGAUGCGCACCCACCAUACAACGAGUACUAUCUGA